AGCUGCAGUUGUUUCACGUCAAAACAAUCCGGAAGACGAUGCGCGCAGCAUGACGGAACUGUUGUCGGAGCCGAGACGAGGUCAGGGGGAAUAAAUACAGCCGCUUCAGCCGUCACGUCCAACGAUGCUGCUGAACAGAAGGAAAACUUAAGCAAGCGACGCGAAUAUCACCCACCCACCGUCAUCCAGCGCCAGCCUGCGUUGUUGGCUUCCAAAGUCCAGAUCAUCGCUGUCCGCCGUCUUUAAAGUCGCUGUAGCUCAUCGCACACUGAUCCACGGGCAACAUGGGCAAUGGAAUGAAUAAGGUUGUGGACGGGCUCUACCUGGGGAACAUACGAGAUGCCGAAAACAGAGAAAGUCUAUCCAAGAAUGGCAUCACCCACAUCUUGUCUGUGUACAACAAUGCCAAACCCGUGUAUGAGGACAUGACGUACCUUUGUAUUCAUGCAGCUGAUGCUUCCAGCCAGAACCUAUUACAGCAUUUUAAAGAGUGCAUCAGCUUCAUCCAUGAAUGUCGCCUCAAUGGUGGAUCUUGUCUAGUUCACUGUCUUGCAGGUGUCUCCCGCAGCACUACGAUGGUGGUGGCCUACCUGAUGACUGUCACCCACUACACCUGGGAGGAGUGUCUGUCUGCAGUCAAAGCUGUUCGCUCCUUUGUCGGCCCAAACUACGGUUUCCAGCAGCAGCUGCAGGAGUACCAGACUACACAAGUGUCAGAGUACCGAACGUGGUUGCGCGCCAGUUUCCGUCCCAGCCCCUUCAACGACCAGGAGCAGGUGGGCGCCCUGCUGAGCCAGUACACCGAGCAACAGGAGAGCCAGAGGAGAGGAGCAGACCAGCGCUGGAUAAAUCAGGGAAUAGGCGUGCCGUCCAACACUGAUAAUCCUGAAGGCAGCAGCUGAAACAUGCAUCUCUGGUCACGCCAAAGUUGUGCCCGAUGCUGUCUGCAGCAACAACUACUCUGUACUCAUUUCCAAAUCAACCCCAAGCAACUUGUACAACUCUAAAAAGCAUACGAUGAUUUAAAUGCCCACUAACAAGUGAAGCAUUGAAAAAAAUAAAAACUUUAUUUGCAUUUGUCAUUUUUAAGCAGUGGAGGUUGAUUUAGAAUUGUGCUACAGACUCUUAUCCACUACUAGUACCUGCCACACUCCCCUAACAGAGAGUACAGCCACAACAGGGGUAUUGGUGCUCACAGACGCCUUACUCUAAACACCUCAGCACCUUAGCCAUAACCAGUAAUUUCCAUUUGGACUCCUCACACCUGCAAUGUCCAGCUCAGUAGCCUUAAAGACAUGACUGAUUUAAAGCUGUCUUAAAUGAACAUUUUGCCUGCAGUGAUGCUAAAAUCCAGUCUGUAGUGAUGGUCAGUGAAAUACACCAAACUGAUGGCAGAUGUAUUUAAUUUUGACAUGCACCAGUACACUUAUAGUACUUUUUUUGAUCGGCACAGAAGCUUGUGAACUUGUUGUGCUGACAUUAUUUAACUUGUAUGCACAGCCUGCUAGCGGCAAGCACCAGCGCGAGCUUGUUGAACAUAUUAAAACUAUUUCAACGGACAUAGGGUCAUUUGCUGAUAUACUAGCCACUUAGAAAAACAACAAAUGUAUUGUACUACUGAUGCACAUCACUGCCCAUAUAGUAAAAAGCACUUGUUUGUA